AUGGCUCCGAUCGAGCUUCGGAACUCAUAUGCUUUAGGACCCAAAGGUCCAGAGGAUAAUCCAAUCACGCAUGCAGACGUUCUUGAGAUGUGCAAGACAUAUCAAAAUGGCGCGCGGAAGCCUGUCCCCUCACCGAUGACGAGCCGAGAGCACAAACAUCACGACGAGUUUAAAGAUUAUGCGGCUAAGGUCAUCGACUGCAUAGUCGCAAACUACGACAAGUUGUAUGGCUCACACCAAACUGCGAUGUCCGCAGCAUGCGCCGACGAUUGGACAGGGCGCAUAAUCCGAACUAUUGUCGAGGACGCGAUUCUACAGCAAACAUACGUGGUGUUCGGAGAUCCAGUCUCAUGGCUCGUAUGGUCUUGGGUCCACCUUGUCCGCAGCCUCGAAUAG